CAUCGAUUCGACUGGGUACUAUAAAGGGAUUGGGACGUGGUUAUACGAGAGGAAAGAGGCAUCGAGGAUACGAGAGAAUAAACUCGGAAAAACUUUCGAACGAGAGCAAAGAGAUUAUCAGCUCUCUUCUAAAAGAGAAGAGAACGAGAAAAAGAGAGAGAGAGAGAAAGUUAGCCGGUGAAUUAAAGCCAUGCAGAACUAUGGCCACGAGGAUUACGACUAUGGCGUACAGGAAGGAACAAUUGGACAGGAUGAGCAACAUACGGCAUCCGCAAGAAAUCUUCCUCAGGUUCCAGGAGUUAGGCCCAUGGUAGAUCCUCAAGCCCAGGGUGAGGUCGACCCUACGCUAUAUCCCGAACCUAAGGAAGCCACGCACAAGAUUAGGGGUAAGAGUGACUUCUUAGAAUACCUCUUUGGUUCCGUCGAUCAAGAACUUCUCACGGUCAAGACCUUUUAUUUCUUCUUCUACUCGGCCUUCGGCUCUCUCUUUCCUCUUAUGGGAGUUUAUUUCAAGCAAAUGGGUAUGAAUGCAGCUCAGUGUGGUUUACUUAUUGGGAUCAGACCUCUCAUUGAAUUUCUUAGUGCACCUUUCUGGGGUUCUUUGGCUGACAGGUGGCAAAAAGGUAAGCUGAUUCUGCUAGGUUCUCUUUCUUGUUGGAUCAUCUUUACGCUACCCUUGGGCUUCAUUCAACCUCCUGCCACGAGUUGUAUGGUCAACGAGAAUUAUACUAGUUUCUUGAAGGCAUCUAGCCCGGGACAGAGGAUCGUUAAGAGAUCGAUCGAUCUGGACGAAUGUUACAAUGCUGCAACCGAAGACGAAUAUUUGGAGGUCGCAGCAAACGUCGUCUUCGAAAGAUUGAGACGAAAUACCGACGACAACGAGAUCUUCGAUCGUACGAAAUCAUUCGAUGGCCAAGCUAAGGCCGAUGAAGUUAAGAAGAUCGAUGAUUAUAACAACGGGAAAGCUCGUAGAAUUUAUGAUAUUGAAAAUAAUCGAGUAAGAAAACGACGAGCUGCUUCGAACGAAGAGAAUACUUCUUCCGGAGAUCUGAGGUAUGAACAAUUGGUUUUCGAGGACGAUACUAGCGAUCCUAAUGCGAAGAUCAUCGAUUUCGAGGCUCUACAACGAAAAAAUCGUCCCGCUGAUGUGCUCGAAUAUAAACGUUUUCUCAAAAACGAGCCCCUCGAAGAAGGCAGAGUACCUAAAAAGGCGUAUCAAGGUCGAACGAAGGAAAAAAUGAAGCCAGCAAAAGAGAAGACGAUGGUUCGUCGUGAAAUUCGUCAGGAUCAGAAAAUAUUUCGUGCCAGUUUUGGUAACAACGAAGCUACAUGGUCGAGUAUGAAGAGUCUACGGAAACUCCUGUCUUUGGAGGAAGAAGAGCUCGAAGAGAGAGAAGAGGGGAAAGACGAGGCGUUCCCGGACAAAAUGUUAGUCAGAAACAAACGAAAUGUGCGAAGGUCAGCCGGACAAAGUCCUCUGGCCGUUACCUAUGCCGCUAAUUAUAACGAAAAGGAGAACAAGGGUUGGGUCAAGCCGCUUUUCAGUUCCAUCGUAUACAGAUUACCAGAUAUACACAAAACGUUCUUCCUUUUAUUACUGUUAGUCGUAGUUGGCGAGUUUUUUUCAGCUCCUGCUAUAACACUCGCGGACUCUGCUGUGAUUACUCUACUCGGUGAAGAUGCCGAUAGAUAUGGACAUCAACGAAUGUUCGGAAGUUUGGGAUGGGGAUUGGCCAUGUUUUUUGUUGGUAUUGCUCUCGAUCAUAGUACGGCUUUCCCAGAUCAUCCAUGCGAUCCGGAUGCUAGAGAAAAGAAUUACACGAUUUGCUUCGCCAUCUUUUGCGUUCUUAUGGGUGCUGCGCUUAUAACGGCGUUGCAGAUAAAUUUCAAGUACGACGUUGUAGCUUCCGAACCGGAAGUGGCAAAAGUACCAGCUGAACCAACCAGGGAAGAACAGCUUCAGAGUCAGCUAUCGCAACAGUUGAAUCUUCCUGGUCUGCAGGAUUCCUCGGCUGCGAUCAAUCCAAAGCCGUUGCCUCCGGAAGGCCAAACAAAAAUGUUUGCUCAAACGAUGCGAGAGAUUCCAGAAUGGGUGACAGUUCUGAAGCAAUUUAAAGAUCUCAAAUGUAGUUCCUUCCUUUUCGUCGCCUGGUGGAUGGGCUUCGGUAUCGGACUCAUCUUCACUUUUCUCUUCUGGCAUCUUCAAGAUUACGGUGGUUCACCUACUCUCUUCGGCGUUGCCUCCGUAAUAAAUCACAUUUCCGAGAUCUUUGCUUAUUUCUUCAGUUUCAAAUUGAUUACACAGAUCGGUCACGUUAAGGUUCUGUGCCUCGGUUUAGCUGGAAACGUAAUACGUUUCCUUUACAUAUCUUGGCUCGUUAAUCCGUGGUGGGUUCUACCUUUCGAAUUUAUUCAAGGGAUCACUCAUGCCGCGGUCUGGGCAGCUUGUUGCAGUUACAUCGCUCAUAACACGCCGCAACAUUUGCGUUCGAGUGCCCAAGGAGUUCUUCAAGGAUUACAUCAUGGUCUCGGAAGAGGGUGUGGUGCGGUGAUUGGUGGCAUGUUUGUCACUGCUUAUGGUACCACGACGACCUUCCGAGUUUACGGCCUCACCUGCCUUGUCGUUUUAGCGGCCUUUAUUUUCAUCAACUUUUACAGGAAAGAUACAGGCUUUGUUUCCGAUUUACCGCAAACCGAGGAUCCUCAUCAAGUGGCCGAGGUUACACAUCUAGCGCCUCAUGGUGUACCAAGCAACGCUAUCCCGAGAGCACUCAGUUCAACUCGGCUUCACGAACUGGCUAAUCAAGAAUCUGGAUAUGGUGCGACCUACCAAACCACUGGCGGUAACUUGGACGUGCCUGGAGCUAACGGAGGUGCGGUCAACCCAACGAAUCCGUUCCUGAAUGGCGGUGGCGGCGGUGGCGGCGGAUAUAAUUACGGUUUAUAAUGAGGUGGUUGGUAAAGAGUUUGACUUGGCGAAGCCACCUCCGAUAGAGACCCACUUGCACGCCCAACAACCAUGCACCAAUCCGUUUCAUCAGCACGAUUACGACUGGUAACGAGCUAAGUGCAAUCGAUCCUCGAACAACGUCUCAUUGGAAUCCACCAGCUGGAUUCAUUCAAGGUCUUGCGCAUCUUUUACACGAACCGAUUAGCAUCGUUGCGGAUAGCUGAAUAUCGAAGAAGAGUUGCUCUUAUCGCAAGAACGGACGAGUUUCUUCUCCGAGAGACCAAAAAAAAAAAAAAAAUCCGAAAGAGGUACGUGCGAGGGAUCUACGCGCCUUUAACGACGAAAAUCUUUCUUCGACGAUUCACAAGCUGGAGAAAGUCGACGAUUUCUAAGGAUUUGACGCUCCUUUCUUUUUCUUACUUGACAAUUUUGAAUUUAAACACGAUUAUUCUCCAAGUGUCGUCGAACGCGUUCGAUCUUACAUUAGACGCUUCCACGAGAUAUCGUCGAUAGAUUCGUUUAAAACGAAUUGUCUUCUUUUCGAGAUAAAUAUUUAAAUGUCCAUUUUCGUUCAACGAAAAAAUAAAUACAUAUGCUAAAAAGCAACGACUUCCUUUUCGAUUAUUAGAAAAGAACUAGAAAGGAACGUUGGAGGAGAGACGAUGCUCUGUUAUUCCUUGUAAAUAUUGUUCUCUUAAUGCCUUUCUCUAAUCUCUUUCUCUCUCUCUCUCUCUCUCUCUCUCUCUCUCAUUUGACAGUCCUCUUCUGUUCCUAUUGCCGAAUGAAGUUCGUUGAUUUGCCGAAAGGAUACACUCGUAAAAAUAAUCCUUAUAUUCUAUCGAGUAGUUCCGGUGGUACGAUAUCAUUAUUACAUAAUACCAAUAUAUUGUGUAUAACACUGUUGAAAAAAGAGAACGCGAUUAAAGCGAACGUCGAAUACAUGUUAUUGCAAGUACAGCUAUGCAGAAGAAUAUGUUACUCGCCGAUCCUUCGAGGCACAAGAAAAAAAAAAAAGGAAAAGAAAGAAAAAAAAGAAGCUAGAGUUAACGUUGUACCUAUUCGACUUGUCGAAAUUAAUCUUAAAAUUAAGAUAGCAGUAUACAUAUAGAUAUAUCCAUGCAAGUUAUAUAUAUAUAUAUAUACAUACACACACAUAUAAGGUAUGAGAAAGGAAAGAACGAGAGCAGUUGCCGUGUUCGAAAGAACGAACGCGUUACGACAAUGAUGCAUCUAUUUCUCGAUCAAAUAUUUAAUUAAGAGUAAAACUGGUGGAAUUUUAAAUAAAAUCCCAACUACUGGUAAACUCUAUCUCUUUCGAUAUAAAAGCUAUUUUUGUAGAAAGUAUAAAACCGAUGGCUUCUCUAAUCGACUCGACUCGUAUUGCGUCCGUUCUUUAAAUCGAUCGUCCUUCCUCGAUAGGAAGUAUCAACGAGUUCGCAUCGCGGUCAUUGCCUUAUCGAUAUCACUUCUCAUUGGAAUCUUACGUUUUAAUCAUUUUAAAGUCAUUGCAAUCAAGAUCUUCGUUGUGAUUAAAUUUUAUAUGAAAAUAAUUUUAAAUAUAUUUUUCGUCACCCUGAAUUUUAGGAUAUCAAAAUUUCAUUCUGUUGAUUCUUCAAUAUCAACUAUCGAAUUGAUUAAUAAAUAAAUGCUAUUUUAUUGUAAUAAACUCCUUAGUUAUGUAAUAGCUCUUUUAUAUUUAUGAAUCAACCUGAUAUUUUGCAUCUUAACUUUUUAAUCGCAACGAGAUACGUAAAGCAAUACUUAAAAUACAUAAUGCAAUCUUCUUUUUGCGUAUAGGUGUGUCAUGUAUAUACAUCUGCGGCGGCUAAAAAUCACAUCUGUAUAAUGAUGGAUGCAUCUCCAUUUGGCCAAAUUUCUCUUACUAUAUGUUAUAUGUUAUCCCUCUGAAUAUGUUAAAGAUACGAUCAAUCGAUAAUGUCAGUUUUUUUAUCGCUAUAAUUAAAUAUUUAUAAAUAAUGAAAACUGAAGAUAAUCUGUUGUAAUAAUACAGAGUGAUUAUUUUAGAUGAAGAUUAAAUAUAUCUAUCGGGUUGAAUUAUUAUAGUGUAAUAAACAAUUGAUUUUCUGUGUGUAAAUCUUUUAAUUCGGAUAAUUUACAGACUUCGAUAUUUAUAAAUAAUCAUAUCGACAAGAAAACUGAUGUCAUGGAUCUCUAGCUUGUUUGUAGAUAAUUAAGUAAAGUUUGUAUAUAGGAAAGAUGAAAGUUCUUCCAACAAAAUCAAGCGAGAAACAUAUGCAAAUAUUAAUGACAGAAGUAUCAGCUGAUACUUCAGAUUACCCAGAAUAGUACGAUUCUCCGAGAUUUAUAGCUCGUUUAUUACUUUAUAAUAAUUAUAUAUAAUGAAUAUAUUUAUCAAAAGUGAGAAUCGUUUUUUUAUUUUAAGUAAUUUUGUCAACUACUCGUAUGAAAAUGUAAUCAAUCAAAUCAUUAUAAAAAAAAUAGUAGUCGAACGAAACAGACUUUGAAUAUUUCAUUGUUUCUUAUCUUCACUAUAUACAACUUCUACUGUUAUAUAAUGACACGUUUCACUAUAAAAUAAUCCUUGAGGGAUAAUUAUAUGAUAUAUAGAAAGAAAAUCUCUUAGGAUACCACGUCCCACUUAUAUGAAAUUAUCGUAGAAUUGGUUUGUAACAAUAUUAAUAACGCAUUAAAUCGAUAAUGUUCACGUAUCAUAUGCACAACAUCUCGACCAUCGGAUGAUCCAUAGCGAUCUACUCUCGAUCAGCUUAUAGGUAUUAUAUGAUAAUUCUUGCGUAAAAAUUAGCGAACGUAUGAACUUUACUUGUUCGACGACAUAUUUUAUAUUGACAUAUUUUUUUUUUCGUCACCUAGUUCGUAUAAGAUGAUAAAAAAGAAAAUCAUCAUCGUCGUCCCUCGAUUUCGAUCAUUAUGGAUCCUCUUCGAAGAAACGAAUUUUAUCAUAUCUCAUAGCGUCAUAUUAUAUAUAGAGAUUAAUAGAACUUAUCGAUCGUUGUAAAACUCGUUUGGUUCAAUGAUAUAUAGUUUAUGUUAAUUUUUUUGUUACCAACAAAGAUUAUAUAGAUUUCGCAUUGUUUCGAUUGAACAAGAAACCAAUAAUUUACCAGACUCGACAAAAUAUUAAAUGUGAUACUGUGUUAACGAUAAAGUAUACGUUCGGUCCGUGAAGAAAUAUCAGAAUGCGAUCUAUGACAAUUAUGUUUAAAGCGCGUAAGAAAGUUAACGACGAUUCAUGUUGCGUAGUAUAAUUCUAGUUUGAAACGUUAUUGUAAGCUUUUAUAGGCUUACGAAAAAAUGGACUCUGGCUGGGCCGGAAUUUGAAACCUGAGUCCCUUGGGUGCAUUUCGUGCGUAUGGAUAGUCUCACUAUUAAACUAUCCAAGAAUCCAGAGUUUUCAUUAUUUCAUAGUCUGUUUAAGACGAACAUAACUGACACUUUUAGUUUUAUUAUUCGAGAUUGAAAAUGUGUUGUAUAUGAUCAUUCUAAAAUUUAAAAUGCUAAGUAAAAAACGUUAUCAUAUCAUAGACUACGUAAAAAAAUUUCAAUUUCAAAAGCUUCUCGAUCGUGCCUCCAUUAUUAUCGCUGCUUACGCAAUCAUCCAUUUCCUAAUCGAACGACAUCUACUUCGAAAGAAAAAUGAUGUCUUUCUUGAAUGAAAUAUCGUGACGACGUAACGAAUUCGAGUGUUCUGCCUCUUGGUGAAAGGUGUGUUUGAAAAUAAAAUUGUCUUUGAAAAGUUUACUCAACAGUUAUUAUCGUUUUAUUCUCGUUAAACCCGAAUCAUGUUGAGGAAUAUACGAAGAGAAAUAUGCCAACUUGAUAAACGAUUUCUAAUCUUGAAACUUACGGUUAUCCAUCACUGAUCUUUGCGAGUUUAAAGGUAGGUUUAUAUUUUAUAUCCGCGCUGAAAAACACAAUAUAACAAAAGUGUCUGUUAAUUUAAAGAUUUUGAAUUAACAAAGAAAAAAUAAGAGACAAAUUCACUCACUGAAACGUCUUUUUGCUAAUUUUAGAAGAACGAUCAUAAAUGUUAUUUUAUAUUGAUUGUUUAAAAUUCUACGAGCGUUUAAUUGUCCGUCUUUAUAUAUACUUGACCUCUUUUGCGCAAUAUGGAAAUUCGAAGAUACGAGAAAAACUAUAUAUAUAUAUAUAUAUAUAUAUAUAUAUAUAUAUAUAUAUAUAUAUAUAUAUUCAAUAAUUAGAAGAAAGAAAAGGGAUACAUAUCAUGUAAAUGUUAAGCUGUAAUAUGUAUAAGAUAAUAACGCGUUGAAGAUCGAUCGUACUUCGUACCUGAUCAUUCACAUUAAUCGAGAUUUUUUCUUACAAAUUUCUUUUUCUUUUUAACUUGUUAUUUUUUUUACAAUAUUAAUUCUGAGCAACAGUUACUAUUGUCUUAUUUAAAUCUAGCAACGAUAUACUAAUUGUCAUAGAUCGUUAUCGGAAGAUGGUUAAUGUCCAUGUACACGCGAUGCAAAUGUAAUACCUAUAAAGUUUGAAAAAAAACU